AUGGGUUCCACUGUGAAAGAACAGGCCCUCGGCCUGAAUUCCAUUCCUAUGAUUUUACUCGCCUCCCAUAUUCCGGGCCCAUUCCUUGCAAAGGUUACCGAUCUGUGGCACUUAUAUCAUUGCUGGGGCGGAAAGCGACACCACAAACUGAUACAGCUUCACGAAAGAUAUGGGCCAUUUGUUCGAAUCGGGCCUAAUGUCAUCUCGACAAAUUCAGCGAGUGCAAUUCCUGCAAUUUACUCUGCCAGCGCACCGGUCCUAAAGUCUCCUUUUUACGAGGCCUUUGCACCUGGAAUGCCUAGUAGUUUCACGACCAAUGACAAUAUCUACAAACAAAAGAAGCAGAUAUUGUCAGCGGCGUUCGCACCUCGCAAGCUGGAAAUCAUGGAACCGUUGAUCCGUCAGCAUAUCGAUACAUUUUGUGAGAAAAUUGCAGCGUCAGGAAAUAUUGAUAUUGCUGUGAUGCUGGGCGCUCUUUCUAUUGAUGUUUUGUCUGAUCUAUGCUUUGGUAAAUGCUUUGAGACUUUGAAAAAUGAGCAGGAAAGAGAUCGCAUUUUGGAGGCUAUGGAAAAUUCCGUUCAAUUGGUCAUUAGGACUAAACUUGCUUAA